GUCAUUUCCGCUUUGUUGCUUGGGCGUGACCUUCCGGAAGUAAUUGUUGCAGCUGUCUUUAAGGGAAGCGAUCGGGCCGCUGGAGGAAGAACGGGCAGUGCAGCCGGACAAUUGUAUUCAGUCUCCUGCCAAAUCACCUAAUUAGGAUGGAUGGUGAAGAGAAAACAUACGGUGGCUGUGAAGGGCCAGACGCUAUGUAUGUCAAAUUGAUUUCCUCUGACGGCCAUGAAUUUAUUGUGAAACGUGAACAUGCAUUAACAUCUGGGACAAUAAAAGCCAUGUUGAGUGGUCCAGGUCAGUUUGCUGAAAAUGAAACCAACGAAGUGAAUUUCAGAGAGAUCCCUUCUCACGUUCUAUCCAAAGUCUGCAUGUAUUUUACGUAUAAAGUUCGUUAUACGAAUAGUUCUACAGAAAUCCCAGAAUUCCCCAUUGCACCAGAGAUUGCACUGGAGCUCCUGAUGGCUGCAAACUUCCUAGACUGUUAAAUAAAGUAACUUAUGGGAAAUUACUAUGUUAAAUGAUUUCUUUUGUAUUUAAAAACUUCAGUUUUGGUUGGUAUUUUAUUUUUUAUCCAUGUAGCAUGUUUGCAUCCUUCUGAGUGAUGUACAGUAUGUAACCGUAUCUUCAUUCUACUUUGGCAAAGCAAGUGCACUGAAACGCUUUGCUUCCUGUCUUACAUAUUUUCCUUCACUGUAACAUUAAUAAACCAGCAUGACAAUUUGGUGUUGACGUUAUGGUUCAGAUCUUACUUUCUGGCAUGGUCUGUCAUAUUUUUGACAGUUGAGGGGAAAACACUAUAGUUUCUUCUGAAAAUUUUCUUUAAAUUGCCCUUUUCUUCCUCCUGUGUGGCUGCAAUAGUUCUGAACAGAAUGUGAUUUAUAGAGAGCAGAAGGUGUGAAUCUGGCUUUCUGUCAAGCCUGACACAUCUUGAAUUUUGUAUUAAACACGUCUUCUGUA